AUGGAGCUCGACAAUCUCAAAGAUGAGGUGCUCAUGGGGGAUACAAACGAAGUCACCGUACCAGCGGCGGUCGUAGCCUCCGCCACGGUGCUGGAUAUCGGCUUCCAUCCACGACUGCCAAUCAUGGCUGCUGGCCUCAUUACGGGUGAGGUUGAAAUAUAUAAGCGUAAAAGCGUUAGUGAGAUGAUUAAAAUCCCCCUACAGAACGAUUUCUCGUCAUGGAUCUUCACGGGGCAGUACAAUGAAGACGAAGUGGUUAUGAACUACCACCAUCAGAACAUGCGUAUGCACCCCUCUGGCGGCAUCUCAUCAAUGGAGUUCACGGACGAUGGCACCUACUUGGUCAGCGCCAGCAGUGAUCGCACGAUAUCAGUGAUGGACUGUGUCUCCCUCCGUCUUGUUAUCCACAUCCCCGCCGACGAGAUGCGGGCCUACGUGGCUGGCAAGAAGAAGCUGAACGCGAUGAACAUGAAGAAUGACCCGACUGCAAAAAGGGAAAAGGGGGCUAGAAGGAGGGCUGCAGCUACGGGGCGCAGCAGCGGCAGUGGCGGCUGCACUGUGCCGGUCAACCCACACAAACAUGGCAUCUCCUCUAUCAAUGUCUGCGACGAAAAUCUGAUAGCGACAGGAGACGACGACGGGCUUAUCGUGGUGUGGGACAUGCGCGUGCGGAAUCCGGUGUACAACUAUCACGAGCACGGCGACUACGUGUCGCAGCUUUGCUACUUUACAGAUGCCCAAGAGCUCGUCUCCAGCAGCGGUGAUACCUGUCUCGGCGUCUAUGACAUGCGAGCCGGCAAAAUUCGUGACUUCAGUGUCCGCCGAAAGGACGAGCUCAACUGCUUUGCCUUCAUCAACAGCAGUGGCAUUAGCAACGCGACUUUCAUUCCAAGUAUUGUGUGCGGUACACCUCACGGCGGACUUCCGAUAUGGAAGUACGGCUCGUGGGCUCGUCCGUACGACGUGAUGGACCACCACCCUGCAGAGUGUGAGGCCAUUAUAUCUUUCCACGGUGAGAGCACCGCCUUCAACCAUAACCUCAUCCUGACUGGCGCGUGCGAUGGACUGAUCCGGGUUCUACAGAUGUACCCGGUGCGACGCAAUCUCUGCCAACUGAGCGGGCGUGACUACACCUACUCGCACUCGAGCGUGCUCGGGAACCACAGCAGUAGCUGCGGACAACAGCAACAAGGCAACUACGUGGUGCGUCGCGCGCGCGGACAGGAGGCCAUCAGCCGCAUGUGUGUGUCCCACGACGCCCACCUACUUGCUGUCAGCGGCUCGGACAACAUCAUUGACUUCGUCGACAUCGCUUUCAUGAACGACGAGGCAGCCCUAGAUCAGCUUCGCGGUCGCGCGGAGCAGCGACAUCUGCGCACGCUACGCGACCUCGACCGCGAGCAGGACGAAGAAGCGGAACACGAACGUCGUCUCAUAGAGGGCUGCGGAGCUGGUACUAAAAGCGAAGAACCCAGUGACAACAAGGUGGGCAGCGGUGCCUCCUCUUCGUCAAGCGAGGGCAGCAACGUCCAUGUCGCAACGGAUGCGGGAAAGCAGGCAAGGCUGGAUCAGCGCGAGGCGCUGGAACAGAAGUUGACAAAGUUGGGUCUUGUGAGAAAGAAGCGCAGCCACUCGGACAGUAGCAGCAGCAGCAGCACUGACGACAGUGAUGAGGGCGGUGCUUCAGGAGCAAAGAAGAACAGGGCGUCCACAAAGACAUGGCCGUUAUCUGGCAAGAGAGGGGACGCCACAGCAAGGGAGGGUGCCGCUGCACCAAUACGGUCACCUUAUCAAGCUAUCGCCACAGCUCCCCAAAAGGUCUUGAGACAGGUGUGUCGUGGGAUCUCAGACACAGGCACAACAGAGAAUGGGGUGCCGCUGAAAACGAAGAAGAAGCCUCUCCCUGCCAAGACGUCUGCGUCCGCCGCGACUGUGACCUCCAUUGACGCUUCCAACGCGAAUCCUGGCACUGUAGCCGCGUCUUGUUUUGAAGCGCGGGAGUCGAGGGAUUCGAUGGAGGUGUAUCGAACAGAGCGACAAAAAAAGCGUGAGCGCGCCGCGGCGGCCCGCUGGUUGAAGGAGGAGCGCCGGAAGAAGGUUAAUUUUACCUACGAGAAGCGCCGCAGACGCGUCGGCGGCUUUUUUGGUGAUAUGGUGAACAGAGAGAACGAUAGCGAUUAA